GGUACCCCCGUCGAUCCAUGAGUUGUUUGAUAGUGGAGUGAAUAAACACCUGUUUGUUUGCCAGAUAUAUCUUGAGGUAACUAAAGAAAGCCCCUCUGUUUUUACACAUAUUGGCUGUUCUCUCUCCUACCCUUCUUUGAUCAUUUCCUUUCCUCUUCAAGUUACUCUUCGCUCGUAUGCUUUAGGCCUAAUACAAGAAACACGCACCAUGGACCUCGAAGCAAAUAAUAGCUCCUCUGAUGAGUCGCAGGUUGACGAUAACUCCCACAUUCAAAGCAUUCCAGAGCGUCGAAAAUUCCAGAAAGCCAAAUUUGAAGCACUGCAAGGAUUGAUUUUGUUCUUUUCACUUUGCUUUCGAAUGCUAACCUACUGUAGACUCGCUAAGCGUACCGGUGCACUCUCCGACAGCCAUGAGAAAGUUGAGCCUCCUCCUGCAGCCCAGAUAUCUACUGCUCGAUUGUUUUUAUCCAAAGACCAGGACCAUGGUGUAUUGGACCCCCGAGAGUAUCAGAUAGAGCUUUUCGAAAGGGCAAAGUCUGAGAAUACCAUUGCAGUGCUGGCUACUGGGGCGGGAAAGACGUUAAUAGCUGUGCUUUUGCUCAAACACAUGAUUGAAAAGGAACUGAAUGACCGUGCGGAAGCGAAGGCUCACCGGGUCUCGUUCUUCCUGGUCGACAGCGUGACUCUCUCCUUCCAACAAGCAGGUUUCCUCCGCAAUAAUUUGGACCAAGAAGUGGGCCAUUUGUUUGGAGAUCUAGGCACGGAUUUCUUGAAUAAACAAACCUGGGAGGGGCACUUGAAGAAAGCCAUGGUGAUAGUGUGCACUGCAGAGAUUCUGGAUCAAUGCUUGCUCAAGGCUCACAUCCUAAUGGAACAAAUUAAUCUCCUUAUUUUCGACGAGGCUCAUCAUGCAAAGAAGCACCACCCAUAUGCCAGGAUCAUACGAGACUCUUAUCUUCAAGUGGAACCCUCGAAACGGCCAAGGAUAUUCGGGAUGACUGCAUCCCCCGUAGAUACUAAAGGUGAUGUUGUAGAAGGCGCAAUGAGGCUGGAGAAACUUCUGGAUAGUAAGAUUGCUACUGCGUCUGAACUAACUCAGAUAGACCGAUUUAUCAAACGUCCUACAGUAGAAGUCUGGACCUAUGAUAAACCCAUGGCACCCUUUGCAACCAAGCUAUACAGUAUCCUGGAUAAUCGAUUUGGCGAUGUUAAAGCCCUAGAUUCGGUCUUCAGAUUCUCCUGGCACGCAAGCUCUGAACUGGGUAGAUGGUGCUCAGAUCAAGUGUGGAUACAUGCCCUAUCACCGGAAGUGCUGCCGAAAAUUGAAUGCAAGUCAAAAGAUGUGGCAUCUCGAAUUCAAGAGGCCAGCGAUGUUGUUAGGACUCAUACCUUUGAACUCCCUGAAACCCCAGGCGUAUUGAGCCACAAGGUGCAAUUGCUACGCGAGAAAUUGUCUAAACACUAUCGAGAAUCAACCGAGACAAAAUGUAUCAUCUUCACACAGCAACGCUACACGGCUCAGAUGUUAUGUUCUCUUUUUCUAACACUGAAGAACCCAUAUCUACGACCAGGGGUGUUAAUCGGUGUUCGGGCUGGUGAUGUCUCAGGAAUGAACAUUACAUAUCGUCAACAAUUUCUUACCCUGGUCAAGUUUAGGAAUGGCGAGAUCAACUGCUUGUUUGCUACGUCAGUGGCCGAAGAAGGUCUUGAUAUUGCAGACUGCAACUUGGUUAUAAGGUUUGAUUUAUAUGACACGAUGAUACAGUACGUUCAAAGUCGAGGCCGAGCAAGGCACUCUAACUCUAGAUACGCAAACAUGGUUGAAAGCAACAAUUUCGAACAUGAAACAAGGCUUAGAGAGGUACAAAAGGCUGAAAAAAUCAUGCAAGUGUUUUGUGAAACUCUUCCAGAGGAUCGCCGACUCAAAGGGAAUGAUCAGGACACGAUUUUGAUUCAUCGGAAAGAGGAGGAAAGGGUAUUUACCGUGGCGAACACAGGUGCAAGACUUACCUAUCAUUCUGCUAUCUCUGUGCUUGCACGAUAUGCUAGUUCUUUACAGUAUGAAGGAGACUUAUCGGGCCGAGCUGCAUAUGUUGUACUUCCUGUUAACAGUACUUUCGUCUGUGAGGUUAUCCUGCCGGAAACAUCCCCCAUCAGAGGUGUCACUGGCAACCCAGCCAUGAGCAAGUCUACUGCGAAACGGUCUGCAGCGUUUGAUACUUGUAUUCUGCUUAAAAAACACAAGCUGCUUGAUGAUUACUUCAACUCCGUUUAUCAUAAACGCUUACCUGCUAUGAGGAACGCGAAGCUGGCCAUAACUUCUGGGAAAACCAAGCAGUACGACAUGCUGUUGAAGCCCUCACUCUGGAGCAAGGGUCGCGAGGUGCUUCCAGAAAAGCUUUAUGCAACCGUGUUAAAAUUCAAGCCCGCUAAGUCACUUGUUCGAGCGCUAGAGGACUUGGUAUUACUGACGAGGGAAAGAAUUCCAGUACUCCCUCCAUUCUCUAUCUUUCUCGAAGAAGAUGAUACUGAGACGACGGUGCAGUUUGUUUCUCUAAAAAAUAGCUGGAUGCCGUCAUCCGACGAACUAGAAAAGAUUACUGACUUUACACUCCGCAUAUUUCGUGAUGUUUUCCAAAAGACCUAUGCUUCUGAGCCAGGAAAUAUGCCCUACUGGCUUACUCCCGCCAACACUCACUACGGGGAGCAAGCAAGCGUUGAUCCGUUAGAUCAUAUCAACUGGAAAACUGUGUCCUUGGUCAAUAGCACGGAUGAAAUAUUCUUUGAAGCGGGUGCCCCUCCGGAUGACUUGCGAAAUCGCUUUGUGUUCGACCCUUGGAACGGAAGAUAUCGGUAUUUCACUAUAGAGGUUGAGGAUAGCCUGCAGCCCUCGAGUACUCCCCCUUCCUUUGUGCCGCACCGCCGGUAUAUGGAGAAUAUCAUGAGCUAUUGUGUCUCACUAUCAAAGAAUUCAAGGGCCCAAUUCUUCGCAAAGUGUGAUUGGAACCAGCCAGUUUUGCGGGCAGAGCUGGUCCGUCUUCGUAGAAACAUGCUGGACAAAAUGUCGAACCAAGAAAGAGAAACAGAAACAAGGUGCUAUAUCUGCCUGGAACCUUUGAAAGUAUCCUCGAUUCCUACCUCCGUUGCGGCCUCUUGCCUAGCAUUUCCUGCCGUUAUUAGCAGGUUUGACGAAUACCUUAUUACUCUGGAGGCCUGCAGAGAGCUUGAUCUGGUGAUAAAGCCGGAAUUAGCCCUUGAGGCGUUUACUAAAGACUCGGAUAAUACUGAAGAGCAUCGUGCCCAGCAGAUUCACUUCCAAAGGGGGAUGGGGAAGAACUAUGAGCGCCUUGAGUUCCUAGGGGAUUGCUUCCUGAAGAUGGCAACUUCAAUUUCACUCUUCAUAGAUAAUCCUGAAGAUGAUGAAUUUGACUACCAUGUGAGUCGAAUGUGCCUGAUUUGCAACAAAAAUCUGUUUAAUACUGCAAUGAAAAGGGGGCUUUAUAGAUAUAUUCGCAGCCAAGCAUUUUCGAGACGUACCUGGUACCCCGAGGGCCUUACAUUAUUGCAAGGCAAAGAUCAUAGCAAAAAGCUUCUUGUAUCGGCUAAACACAAUUUGGCGGAGAAGACUAUGGCAGAUGUUUGCGAAGCACUAAUAGGUGCGGCUUUGCUGACUGGGAGCUCUACGCAUCGAUUCGAUAUGGCUGUGAAAGCUGUUACAGUUCUGGUUGAUAGUCCAAACCACAGCGCUACUUGUUGGCAGGAUUAUAUUUCACUUUACACCAAGCCCAAAUAUCAGGUUCAGAAUUCGACUGGCUUUGAACGGGAGCUGAGUCGACUGGUCGAAAAGAAGGUGGGGUAUCACUUCAACUACCCUAGACUCCUUCAUUCAGCCUUUACCCAUCCAUCUUAUCCCUCAGCAUGGGCCGGCGUACCGUGCUAUCAGAGAUUGGAAUUCCUCGGAGAUUCGCUGCUGGAUAUGGUUUGCGUUGAUGACCUGUUCCUACGGUUCCCUGACCGAGAUCCGCAAUGGCUUACGGAGCACAAGAUGGCAAUGGUUUCGAACAAGUUCCUAGGGGCCUUAGCUGUGAAGCUCGGGCUCCACAAGCACCUUCGACAUUUCAGCGCUCCAUUGCAAUCUCGCAUUACGAGCUAUGCGGAGGAGAUUGAGGCUGUUGUGCUUGAGAGCCAAGAGGCAGUAGACUUUUGGACUACUACGACCGAUCCGCCCAAAUGCCUGCCAGAUAUGGUUGAAGCCUAUCUGGGAGCCAUCUUUAUUGAUGCCAAUUUCGACUUUGGGGUGAUCGAGGAGUUUUUCCGAUGCCAUAUUAAGCCGUACUUCAAUGACAUGGCGAUAUAUGAUACUUUCGCGAAUAAACACCCCACUACUUUCUUACACAACAGAUUAACGAAUGAGUAUGGUUGUAUAGACUACUGUCUGAAAACAGGCGAGAUACCGGGUAUUGAUGGACAGCCGUCUCGUGUCCUGGCUGCGGUCAUCGUUCACGACACAGUCAUUGCUGAGGGCAUGGCAUCAUCUACACGUUACGCGAAGGUCACGGCCAGUGAAAAUGCGUUGGAAUUACUGGAUAGUAUUGGGCCCGCUGAGUUCCGGGCAAAGUAUGGUUGUAAAUGCCGAGAGACUGACGAUGCUCCACUGCCAGAAAUGGGAACCGCAAUUUGAGGCGGAUCUAAAGGGCAUGGUUGACGGCAAGGAUUCAAUCGAGAGUAGAGCACAGUCAUGAAUCGAGAACCUCAAGGCAUGGUAGUAGUUACGGAGUGGUCUGUGGUGGUGUUGGUAAGGGCCGGAGUAUCGAUCCCUACAGAGUAAUUUCCGGGAUGCCCAGAGUCAUUUAUGUAUAUCAUAAGACAGUGGAUCGAUCGUUUGGAAACCGAGGCCGAAACAACAUGAUGAAUUAUACUACUCCCAAUUAGAAAAU